UUGUAAACAAUAGUUUAAUUAUCUAUUUAAACGUUCAGAUAUAAUAUUAUUUGUUUCUUUUUGUAAAUUAAAAUGUUCAAUUUGCACACGUGGCAACUUUAUCGACAAUCGAUUAUUUCUACAAAAAUACUGUACUGUGCGUUACGACCUUUUUCAUUUAAUGUUAAUUUUAAGAAAAGAAAUAUUAACAAACUUUGGAGUGCAAGUAGACAAAUUAAAUACACGAAAACAAAUUUUGUUUUGAGUGUAAGACUGUUAAGUACAAAAAUGGGUGAAGAUAUUUCAUUAUUUACUUUGCCAAAUAAUCAACCAGUAAUUUCUUUAGAAUGUGAAACUGCAUUUAAUGCUUUAACAAAAAAUGAAAAACUGUAUGCACAUUAUUUAAGUCAAGCUGCAUGGCAUGGUGGUUUGAUUGUAUUUGUACAAACUUCUCCAGAAUCAUCAUUAAUAUUUGCACUUUUGCAUAAGAUUUUUAUAACUGAAACAAUAGAUGAAUUGAAAAAAUCUGCACUUGAUGCUGGUAUUAACGAAGAUGAAUUUACUGCUUUCUUGGUAUAUACUUGUGGCAUUUUUGCAAAUGCUGGUAACUAUAAAUCAUUUGGUGACAGUAAAAUAAUUCCUAACUUACCAAAAGAUAAAUUUGAAACUUUAAUAAAAAAUUCAAAGGCAUAUAAAGAUAAUUCUAAAGAUAUUGAAAAAAUUUGGAAUAGAAUUCAAAAUAUAAUAUAUAAUAUAAAUGGAAAAUUAAAAUCAUUGGGGCUUGGUGAAAAAGGUGUUACCACUUAUUUUUCUGCCAAUUGUACAGACAAAGAUGCUGAAUUAGUUAAUGAGUUUAUGCAGAAAAAAGGAUUGGAAUCUUACAAUGCAAGGUGUUUUAAAACAACUGCAGAAAAUAUAGACACCUAUGAAAUCAGAUUAGCCUGUGUAAAGACAGACAAUGAUCCUCAUAUUACAUUGCCAGAAGAAAUUUUUCAAAAUGCUAAAUUUAAAAUUACAAGAGGAGAUUACAGCAAACUUUUGGUUUCAGUUGUUGAAAAUCUUAGAAAAGCAAAGGAAUAUGCUGCUAAUGAAAUUGAAAAAAAUAUGCUGGACAAAUACAUAGAACAUUUUGAAACAGGAUCUUUGCAAGCUCAUAAAGAUGGUUCUCGUUUUUGGAUUAAGAAUAGAGGACCAGUUGUAGAAACUUACAUUGGUUUUAUUGAAACUUAUAGAGAUCCUGCAGGACAGAGGGGAGAAUUCGAAGGAUUUGUAGCUAUGGUAAACAAAGAAAUGUCUAAGAAAUUUGCUACAUUGGUGGAUAAUGCUGAAAAAUUUAUACCCAAACUUCCUUGGGGUAAAGAAUUUGAAAAGGAUGAAUUUUUAAGACCUGAUUUUACUUCUUUAGAUGUCUUAACAUUCUCAGGAUCAGGUAUUCCUGCAGGUAUAAAUAUCCCAAAUUAUGAUGAAAUUAGACAAUCAGAAGGAUUUAAGAAUGUUUCUUUGGGUAACGUAAUUCCAGCUAAUAUGAAGUUAGAUAUAAUACCAUUUUUAUCUGAACAUGAUCAAACUCUGAUGAAUACUUAUAGAGUUGCUAGCUUUGAAGUACAAGUUGGGUUACAUGAACUUCUUGGUCAUGGGACAGGUAAAUUAUUGCGACAAUUAGAAGAUGGUUCAUAUAAUUUUGAUAAUGGAAAAGUAAAAAAUCCUUUAACUGGCGAGUUAAUAAAUAAAUUUUUUUUACCGGGUGAAACAUACGAUUCAAAGUUCGGUUCACUGGGAUCUUCUUAUGAAGAAUGUAGAGCUGAAGCAGUCGGACUGUACUUAUCUUUAGAGAAAGAUAUACUAAGUAUAUUUGGACACGAAGGUCCUGUGGCAGAUGACAUAAUAUAUGUGAAUUGGUUAUCUCUAUUGUGGACUGGUUGUGCAAAAGCCUUAGAAAUGUAUCAACCAUCUACAAAAAAAUGGUUGCAAGCUCAUUCUCAAGCACGAUAUGUUUUACUCAGAGUUUGUUUAGAAGCUGGCAAUGAUUUUGUUAAUGUUAUAGAAUCUGAGCCCGGGAAAAAUUUAUUAUUAACUGUUGAUAGAUCAAAAAUCCUAACAGUUGGUAAAAAAGCAAUUGGAGACUUCUUAACUAAAUUACAAAUUUACAAAAGUACAGGGGAUAUUGAAGCUGCCAAAGAAAUGUAUGAAAAAUAUAGUGAAGUACCUGAAACAGGACCUCAUCCAUGGGCACGUUGGAGGGAUAUAAUAUUAGCUCAUAAAGAGCCACGAAAAAUAUUUGUGCAGUCUAAUACAUUUGUAAAAGGUACAAGUGAAGUACAACUGAAAAAUUAUGAACCCAAUUUCGCUGGAUUAAUUCAGUCUUGGAUGGAGAGAUUUUCUUCUACAAACACCUCAGAAAUUCUUACCGAAGUUUGGAAAAAAGAUGAACAGCAUUUUUCAUUUGAAAAUAAUUAAUUACUCAGUGUCUCCACUGAUAAAGCUAUACUUACAUUCUUGUGUGAUUUUUUAAAAUUUUGAAUACUGUGAUGUGUACAUGUGUAUACAUCUUUGUGUGUGCGUGUGUAUAUGUAUGAAUGUACGUAUGUAUAUAUGUAUGAAAAACAUACAUAUCUUACCAAAAGUUAUUAAUACAUUGUUUCUUUAAUCAUUUCAAACGAAUAAAAAGUUUUGUAAAAAUAAAUAUAA